AUUCUUACUUUAUCCCAUGAAGUAUACCAAACGACCCCUAAAAGUUGAUUUAAUAUGUUGAUAAAAUGAAAUUAAUUUGAUUCUAAUCGUCUAAAUUGAGAUUAUGUUAUCCCGUCUCCAAAUUAGGAAUAUAAUAUAGUUGUGAAUCAAGGGGGUCAAUUGCAAUUUUUUCCUAAUUUAGCAGCGUACGAAAAGUGUUGGGAUAAAAAAAAAAAAAAAAAACUCUAACGAAGAAAUCAGCUGAAUUCAGUGUGAAAUUGGAAUGGGGAAAUGGGUAACAAUGGCAGUGAUAGUAGGAAUAAUCGCAUCCAUAAAAGGGUUAAGCACCCAAUUGGGUUUAUCUUUCGAUAAGGAGACAGCUAUCGAAUAUAUGAAGCAAAUGCAAGAUCGAUUAGGCAAUUGGGCGAUUCCUGCUUACGUAGGUCUUCAUACAGUAACAUUAGCUCUUUGCCUUCCUUAUGCUGUUUUCUUUGAAGCUGGUGCUUCUCUCCUUUUCGGGUUCUUCCCUGCUGUGUUGUGUGUCUUUGUUGCUAAAAUCCUUGGCGCUUCUCUCUCUUUCUGGAUUGGCAGGUUUGUGUUUCGUAGUUCCAGCUCUGCUAUAGGGUGGGCGCAGAACAACAAAUACUUUCAUGUGCUUUCAAGGGGUGUUGAGCGAGAUGGAUGGAAAUUCGUACUCCUUGCCCGUUUCUCACCUAUACCUUCUUAUGUCAUCAACUAUGCCUUGGCAGCAACCAAAGUUAGAUUCUUCCUGGAUUUCCUGCUUCCAACAGCAAUUGGCUGCCUGCCCAUGAUCUUACAGAACACAUCUAUUGGCAGUCUAGCCGGUGCUGCUGUAUCAUCCGGCUCUGGAUCCAAGAUAUCCAAUUUACGGUCAUACAUCUUUCCUCUACUUGGGAUCUUAGCGAGUAUCCUCAUUUCUUUGCGGGUGAAAAAGUACUCCAAGGAUAUUUCAGUCGCUGAAACAGUUCCUACAGAGGAUAACAACAACAACAGAUUGUCCGAUAGCAAAAAAGGAAAAGGCUCAAAGAAACGGUAAUAUCAUCCUUAGGUUUUGCAUUCAUUCUUUCCCUCUUGGUUUCCCCCUGAUGGUUGUGGAAAGGGUAUGUAUCGAGCCGGCUGACAAAGCCCAUGCUCUCGUUGCAACUAAUGUAACAGAAAGAAAAUGAAUUGGGGUGAAGGCAUAUGAUAUUUCUCCACCUUCCUAGAGGACAAAACUUUCUGUUUUAUGAUGGCUGAUACUCCAGCCAAUUUAUAAAUCUUAUAGCCACCUUCCUAUGUUAUGGUUAAAAAGAUUGUUGUUUGUGUGGACAAAAUCAAUUCUUGAUAGGCAAAGAGACAAUGUGACUAUCAUUUGAAAAA